UUGGCACGCAGGGACACGAAAGCGUCGUGGAAGCUAUGAACCAACAUUAUUAGACGUUUAUCUCCCAGGAUGGCUGAAAAGACGAGUGAUUCUCUAAUUGUUUACCAUGAUGUCACAAACAAAAAAUUUCAAGAAGAAAUUUAUCCAAGGAGAAGACCAGCCAUUUUGAGAGGUAUAGACAUAGGGCCAUGUAGACAUAAAUGGACAGUGGAUUACCUCGCACAUCAAGGAGGUGAGAUGGAAGUCAAGGUCCAUGUCUCAGUUCAUAAACAAAUGGAUUUUAUCACCAAAAAUUUUGUUUACAGGUCUUUGCCAUUUUCAACACUUGUGAGAAGGGCAGCAGAAGAGAAGCAUGAAGAUUAUUUCACCAGUGAUUAUGAAGUUUACUAUCUUAGAGCACUUGGAGAAGAUCCUCGCAGAGAUAUUGCUGACAUUCACCGGCAGUUUCCAAAGCUCGCAAGUGACAUAUCAAUUCCACCAUUCUUUGAUGAGGAUAAAUUUUUUUCCAGUGUCUUUCGAAUUGCAUCAAAGGGUUUGCAACUGUGGACACACUAUGAUAUAAUGGACAACAUGCUGAUCCAAGUAACUGGGCACAAAAAAGUGGUCCUCUUCAGCCCACAAGAAGCUUGUAACUUGUACCUGGAUGGUGAUAAAUCUGCAGUUUUGGACAUUGACAACCCGGAUCUGAUACGAUUUCCCAAGUUUGCUAAAGCCUGUCGAAUUGAGGGGUGUCUUGAACCAGGAGAUAUACUGUUUAUUCCAGCUCUGUGGUUUCAUAAUGUCAUAUCCAAGGAUUUUGGCAUUGCCGUAAAUGUGUUCUGGAAACAUUUACAAAAUGAUCUAUACGAUGGCAAAGACACUUAUGGCAACAAAGACCUCAUUCCAGCACAAAGAGCCAUGCAAAUAGUAGAUAAUGCUAUCAAAGCCUUGGAAAAUCUUCCUAAAGAAUACAGGGACUUCUACGCUCGGCGGCUUAUGCUGAGAAUACAGUCUAAAACUUUCAAAAAAGAUUGCGGAGACAAAAAUUGCGAUUGAAAAUAAACAACACAAAUUUUUAAUGGUAUAUU